AUGGCGCUGUCUCACAAGUACGUACAACAGCAGUUGUGUGAAAUAGCGCUGCAUGGCUACACUCCGAUUGGCUGCUCCGUGGGCUGUGCCAGGGAGAAGGAUGGAUAUCCGAUGGUCCAAAGCGACAAACUCAGGGAAAAUGGCGUGAUUCUGGAGGACCUCGUAUGCUACUACAAAGAAAUCUACCGAAACGAGUCUUUGAAGAAACCCGACGAGGAAUACCUGUACGGGAGCAGAAAGCGACUCCUGUUUGACGAGCUGCUUCAGAAGGAGUUCCUCUUUGUAGAAUGCGCCACAAGACAGUCUCCGGACAGGCCAUUUCAUGAGCAAUUCCUUUUCAAUUCAUUAUUGAAAAAGACUGUCGAGGAACGCUGUAGCACAGCUUUCGGAACGCCACACAACAUGAGUGUUCUAGUCCUCGGUCUGGACUCUGUCUCAUACCUAAAUUUUGACAGGCACUUGCCGAAGACAGCAAAGUUUGUUCGCGAGAAACUCGACGCUUUUGAACUUUACGGAUACAAUAAGGCGAGGGACAACUCGUACCCGAACCAGGUUCUCUUGAUCCUGGGUCUCAAAGAUUACGAGGCCACCCAGGCUGUCUCAGGCGGUUUUUACGACAACCUUAGUACCCGUUUAUUAUGGCACAUGUAUGGAGAACGGGGAUACCGGACUAUGUUUCUCGAGGAAUCGCCACACUACGGCAUAUUUGAUUACAUGUCACCCGGCUUUCAGCGUGCUCCGGCUGAUUAUUACCUGCGCCCCAUCGUAAUGGCCAUGGAUGACUCGCCUAAAAUUACCGAAGAUUGCAACGUGUCCCCUUUGCUAAACAGCACAGGCUAUGCGGACGAGCCGUUCCGGCGACACUUAGAAACCCUGCACACUUCUGGUACGCUCAACCACACUGUUCUCGUUUUCGUCAGCGACCAUGGCAUGCGAUUCGGAGACAACCGGGCAACCUACAUGGGCAAGUUCGAGGACCGCCAGCCGUUCGCCUUUGUCGUCUUCCCACCAUGGUUCCUCCAAAAGAACCCAGAAGCGGCGCAAAGUCUCCGCACGAAUCAGCACCAUCUGACCACUCACUUCGACAUUCACGCCACGCUCGUCGAGCUGCUCGACUACCUUCUGCACGACAUACCCGACACAAGGACGUGUGCUAACGCGUCCAUUGCUCGUCACUGGUGUGUUUGUGAUGCACGUGCCGACGCCAAUGUUACGGGGGACGUGGUCUUGAAGCAAGCGGAGCACUUCGUGGCAAACCUGAACGAAUGGGUAAGCGAGGGAGGGAGGAAGUGUGAAGACUACCGUCUGCUCGAAAUCAUUGACGUAACUCCGCUUCGGGAGACUCCUGCUGAACGUGCGGAGAACACGAGCCAUUACUGGGUGACCAUCAAGCUUUCGCCUGGCGCAGCAGUGUUUGAGGGCACGGUGCGUGCACAAGGUGAUAAUAUGACAAUGCUUGACGACAUCAGCCGCUGCAACUGGUUCUCACAGCAGUCCUACUGCGUCAGCAACUGGCUUCAGAAGUACUGUUAUUGCCGGCGCACAGCAGGAGAGCUGAUUUGA